AUGAUUUUAAUGUUAUGCGCUCACAAACCGAUCCUUCUGUACAAAGUGGCAGGUAUAAGAACACACCAUUCGGGUAUAAAAACAACCAACAUUUCAAGCAAACAUGAUAUUCGUGAAGUGGAUCCUUCUUUUCAUAACUCUGCGACCACAAUGCAAACUCAAACAUUAUUGUUAUUACUAAGUGCUUGUUGCUUUGUUUCAGCUGCUUCCAAAAAGAACAAAGGAACCAAAAAAGGUGGUCAAUUGAGACACAAUGCAACUUCUUCCCACAAUGCCAAUUUGACUUCAAAUUUGACUACUACAGCUACUACUUCUGCUGCAAAGACAACUACUCAAGCUGGUGAUGCAGUUAGAGGAAUGAAUAUCGCUGGAGCUGUAGGUGCAUUGGCUGUCGGAGCAGCUUUGUUGUGA